CGCCAAGCGAUGCCGCGUGUUUGGCCCUUGGGUACCAUUGCUGCGGGUUUGCAACUCCAACGUCGCACUCACGGGACCGCUGCGGAACCACGCCGAAUACAGAAACCGGGCCCGCAAGAACCAAGCAGAGGGAACAGGGCAUCCAAGCCGAAACCCGGGGAAAUCCAUCUAUCCCUCACAGCUACCGACAUGUGCACCAUGUAUAAACGCCCGCGCUCGCUUUGCCGGGGCUGCCAAGACAGGCCGUUAUCCAGAGUCUCAGUCGGCAGACUUUCGAAAGAGAUCCCCAACAACAGCAGUCUCCCAUCCAAGUGCAUUUCACACCAGACCACGCCAUGAAGUCGUUCGCCGCUGUGGCCUUGACGGCCCUGUGCACGGUGCAAAACGUCGCGGCCCACGCCACUUUCCAGGCCCUCUGGGUCGACGGCGCUGACUUUGGCGGACAGUGCGCCAGGCAGCCCGCGUCCAACAGCCCCGUCACUAACGUGGCCUCGAACGACCUCCGCUGCAAUGCUGGGUCGUCUCGCCCGGCCGCCAAGUGCGCCGUCAAGGCCGGCUCCACCGUCACGGUUGAGAUGCACCAGCAACCCAACGACCGCUCAUGCGCCAGCGAAGCCAUCGGCGGCGCGCACUACGGGCCCGUUAUGGUGUACAUGUCCAAAGUGGCCGACGCGACGACGGCGGACGGGUCGGGCGGGUGGUUCAAGAUCUUCCAGGACACGUGGGGCAAGAACGCGACGGGGGCGUCGGGCGACGACGACUUCUGGGGCGUCAAGGACCUGAACAAGUGCUGCGGCAAGAUGAGCCUGGCUAUACCCGCCGACCUCGCGCCCGGCGACUACCUGCUGCGCGCCGAGGUCAUCGCGCUGCACACGGCUGGCUCGGCCGGCGGCGCCCAGCUGUACAUGACGUGCUACCAGAUCUCCGUCACCGGGUCCGGCUCCGCGACCCCGCCCACCGUCGUCUUCCCCGGCGCCUACAAGGCCGCCGACCCCGGCAUUCUUGUCAAUAUCCAUGCUGCCCUGGCGACCUAUGUCGCUCCCGGCCCGACCGUCUACGCUGGCGGCUCGACUAAGAAGGCUGGGUCGGCCUGCUCCGGCUGCGAGGCGACUUGUGCUGCAGGGGCCGGCCCGUCCGCAACGGCCAGCACCGUGAGCGUGCCACUGCCUACUGGAGGUGGCGGCGGAGGUACGGGCGGGUGCACUGUGGCCAAGUAUGCUCAGUGUGGAGGGAAUGGGUACACUGGCUGCACCACCUGCGGUUCGGGCGCCGUAUGCAGCGCCGUGUCGCCUCCGUACUACUCCCAGUGCGUUUAAGUUGUCUGGCAUUCGCUGUCAACCCCGGACCCGAGGUUUGUCGUUAAGAAUGAUGCCAGCGGCGAAUGAAGGACUUGGAAUCCGAGGGAGGAAAUUUCACUACACUGUAAAUAGUUAUUGCCACUAGUUGGUAAAUAAGAGACGAAAUGAGCAUUUUCGAUUAUGGACGUUACUUGCUUCCUUUUACUCUUUGUCUUGUGAUUUGAACGUGUUACGAAGUAUUAAACGUUAAAAAUUGACCUAUUAGAA